CUCCCAGAAUCAGAAUUUCGAUCAAACCUCACCGCACAUCCUCCCUUUCUUCUCCACGCCAAAUCCUCAACCAGCGACACCAAGUCAAGAUGACCAAGCCAGUCGUUAAAUCAUCUGUCCCAACCCAGGACCAGGUCCUCGUGCCUGAGACCUUGUUGAAGAAGAGAAAGAGCCAGGAGAAGGCCAGAGCCGAGCGCAGCUCUGCCAUCGAAAAGCGCAAGGCUGACAACAAGAAGAAGCGUGAAGUUCUCUUCAAGCGUGCCGAGUCAUACGUCAAGGAAUACCGUGAUGCGGAGCGCGAGAAGAUCAGACUUGCUCGCGUGAGCCGACAGCAAGGCACCCUGUUCGUUGACGAGACCCCCAAGCUUGUCUUCGUCAUCAGAAUCAAGGGUAUCAACAAGAUUGCCCCCAAGCCUCGCAAGAUUCUCCAACUCCUCCGUCUCCUCCAGAUCAACAACGGCGUCUUCAUCAAGUUGACCAAGGCCACCCAAGAGAUGUUGACCAUCGUCAACCCCUACAUCGCCUACGGCUACCCCAACCUGAAGACCGUGCGCGAACUCAUCUACAAGCGUGGAUACGGCAAGGUCGACAAGCAACGCAUUGCCUUGACCGACAACCAGAUCAUCGAAGAUACUCUUGGCAAGUACGGUAUCGUCGGUGUGGAGGAUUUGAUCCACGAGAUCUUCACCGUUGGCCCCAACUUCAAGCAGGCUGCGAACUUCCUGUGGCCCUUCAAGCUGUCCAACCCCACCGGUGGCUUCCGUACCCGCAAAUUCAAGCACUACAUCGAGGGUGGUGACUUGGGUAACCGUGAGGAGAACAUCAAUGCUUUGGUCAGACAAAUGAACUAGAGCGGUAUUCUGUGGUAUGCCAUGAAAGAAGGGGUUGGUUGGUCAUGUUUAGAAAGCUGGAUGUUUGCCAUUGCUGCCUGCCUGCCGUAUGUCCUCAAAUGCCUCAAAAUGGGUCUUUCCUUCCGCGGCGACUUGACUUGACUUGACUCGCGGUGGAUCGGUCAUGAAGGCGAACACAAACACAAAACGAAAAAGUAUCUUGUUUCCUGAGAAACACAAGUCACGCCUUGGGAAUGACUACCUCUUUCCUGUCUUCUACUUCGAUUAGUCACUAUGCAAUCAAGUAGGUUAGCAGGAUCAAUGAAAUCAAAUCAAAUGAAACUAAA